UUGGGCGGAUAUGUGCACACCAAUAAACGACGACGUCUUAUAGCGCAACGGCGUGAAAGUUCGGAAAUAUUCUAGCAGGUAGUUCCGUGAGAGCUGGACAGAGAAAGUAAUGGCGUCGGUGGUGCGAUCAGGGGCUUGGAAAGCUCUCAAAAAUGGUUCAACAUCGGAAUCCUUCGUCCACCUCCAUCGAUUCCAAACCCUAAGAGUACGCUCGUUCUCGGCCACCAUGUCGCCGCCGUCCAAGGCCGUUGUGUAUGAACAGCAUGGACCUCCCGAUAGCGUUACCAGAGUCGUAGAAUUACUGCCAGUGGAAGUGAAAGAGAACGAUGUAUGUGUUAGAAUGCUCGCCUCUCCAAUCAACCCCUCUGAUAUCAAUCGCAUUGAAGGGGUGUAUCCUGUGAGGCCACAAGUGCCAGCAGUUGGAGGAUAUGAAGGUGUAGGAGAAGUACACUCCGUUGGCUCUGCUGUUAAGGGUCUCUUACCUGGUGAUAGGGUUAUUCCAUCGCCGCCAUCGUUUGGUACAUGGCAGACUUAUAUUGUUAAAGAUCAGAGUGUCUGGUACAAGGUCAAUAAGGAAUCACCUAUGGAAUAUGCUGCCACUAUAACUGUAAAUCCUUUGACUGCUUUAAGAAUGCUUGAAGAUUUUGUAACAUUAAACUCAGGAGAUGCUAUUGUUCAGAAUGGGGCCACAAGCAUUGUGGGGCAGUGCAUCAUUCAGAUUGCACGAUCUCGUGGCAUCCGUAGUGUCAAUAUUAUAAGGGACAGGACUGGGUCAGAAGAGGUAAAACAAAAGCUUAGAAAACUUGGUGCAGAUGAAGUUUUUACAGAGAGUGAAUUGGAAGUGAAAAACGUCAAAAGUCUUCUGGCUGGUCUACCAGAACCUGCACUUGGAUUUAACUGUGUUGGUGGCAAUGCUGCUUCUUUGGUUCUCAAAUUUUUGAGGCAGGGAGGAACAAUGGUAACCUACGGUGGCAUGUCCAAGAAACCUAUUACAGUAUCCACUUCAUCUUUCAUUUUUAAGAACCUUUCUCUGAGGGGAUUCUGGUUGCAGAAAUGGAUGAGUGCAGAUAAGGCAAAAGAAUGUAGAGGUAUGAUAGAUUACCUCUUGGACCUAGCUCGGGAAGGGAAACUAAAAUAUGAGAUGGAGGUGACUCCUUUUGACGAUUUCCACAUUGCACUUGACAAAGCACUUGGGAAGCAAGGAAGCCAACCGAAACAAAUCAUCAAAUUCUGAAGUGAAGGUGUUUGUUUUAUCAUUGUGCUAUAUCUAUACAUCUUGUAGUUACAGUUAAUAGCAUGGCACUAAUAUGUCAGAUUUUGGAUUUCCUAUACAUAACAAUGUAAUUGCAGUAGUUCUUUGAAAAUGCAUUAAAAGCACAGAGACUUCUGACU